AUGAAGAAAAGUGCACCCCAGAACCUGACCUACUACUUUUCUGCAAUGAGAGGAGCUGCUGAAUCAGGCGGCUACAAUGCCUGGCCACCCAACACGGCCCUUCACAGCAGGCCCCAAGUCUCCAACUGGCCCCAUCCUUUGGACAUGCCUCAUUUUGACUACCAUGGUGUGUUCAACCCUCAGAAUAUGUGCUCGCUUCCAGAUACCGACUUUAAAGCAGGGGAGCAGAUCAGCCGAGCAGUUCCUACCACUGCCAUAGGACAAGGCACUGCUCAGUAA